CUUCCCCAGUGAAAUCCUCUCCAGUGGUGUCCCACCCUAGUUCUCCCUCUCCUACCAACCCUCUGGACCGUCAUGGAGACACCAGUCAGGAGGGCACAACAGUCAGACCUCUGUCUCUUCAGGACCACUCUAGUCCAAGGCCCCAGAGACCAGUCUCAGCCACCAGAAGCAUGACUCUUCCCAGGGCCAGCUCAGCCACCAGAAGCAUGACUCUUCCCAGGACCAGCUCAGCCACCAGAGGGUCAGAAGAGACCCAGGGGGCCAGAGGAGAACAGGUGGCACUGGUCAACAUGGAACUUCUUGGGUUGCCUAACAUUGGCAACACUUGCUUCCUUAACGCCACCCUGCAGUGCCUCCUGGUCCUGCCGUCCUUCUCAAAGGAAAUCCUGCACCAGGAACAACUCUGGAGCUCCUCCCCCUUCUCCAACCUGCUCAGGUGUCUGUUUGAUGUGCACCGUUCGGGUUUACCUGACAGUGUGGCAAACCAGGCCUCAAAAGCAGACCUCAUGUGGAAGGUCAAGUACUCCUUGUCGGGAUACGAUUUGAAGUAUCUGGGGGACACGCAACAGGAUGCACAUGAGUUACUUGUCAAUAUGCUGUGCCUGCUGAAGGAGGAGGGCAUGAUUCUGAAGACACUCGGGAUGAACUUUACCUGCCCUGUUUCCCAGCUGGAGUUCCAACUUGUGUCGGUGCGCACAUGUACCAGCUGUGGGCGCGAGUCGUCUACCAGAGAGGACUACAACCACCUCUCAUUGGACUUCAGCCCUGAGCGCACCUUGCUGAGCAGCCUAACACUCACUUUCAAAAGUGAAAAGGUUGAAUUCACAUGUGAGGGCUGUAAAGGCCUCCACGCCUCAAAGGUGGAGCAGUUCCACUCACUGCCUCUUGUGCUGGUUCUGCAUCUGAAGAGGUUUGGAGGACCUGGGGGUUGGAGAAGCUGGAGGCUCCUCUUUUGUUUCCUUCGGAGCUGAGGCUCUCCACCCUCUGUGGGGACAUGGUGCCACACCUGCACAGUGCCAGCCCACAGGCCCUCACCAACCAGGCCCCCAGCAUCCAGGGGUCCAUCCCCCAGACCCUCGCCAGCCAAGUCUCCAGCCCACCUGGAGAGGCCAAAGACAGCGCCCUCUGCUGUUCAGGUAGGCUCAUGGCACCAUAACACUAUUCUUGCUCCAACACCACACAAACCACCCACUCCCAAAACGGUCCUGCUGACAGAGAAGCUGGAAGCUGCAAUUUAAAAUGUUUCUCAGAUAUCUUUAGUGAUGUAUGGGAGCUGUUUUAGACCAGAGCAAUUCAGACAAGUGACCACAUUUUCACAGCUCUUGAUAUGUAUAUUUGACCCCUCAGAUUCAAAUGAGCAGGAACCAGGGAAAGUGUUGCUGACUGCCUCAGUGGUGAGAGAGAGAGAGAGAGAGAGAGAGAGAGAGAGAGAACCAGUGAA